AUGGGUAACUGCUGCUCCGAUGUCUCCUCUGGAGCUAUAGCCGGCGUUGGUGGAACUGCUUCCUCCGCCAACCUCGGCACUACUAACGACGCCGUUGAUCACUAUCUCAACUCUAAAGGUUUCAACGGUCUCUUCUCUCACGUCGAGCUGUCGUUCUCUGCUUCCGAUUUGCGAGACUGUGACGUGCUCUCCAAGGUUAUUAUCAGUGAUGGAGCUUUGAAUACAAUAUGUUAUGUAGUGUCUAUCAAGAGAACCGAUGAAACAUUUCUCUUUUUUUUUUUUUUUUUUUUUUUAAUUGCAGAGUUUCGUGUGUAUGAUGUUGACACCAAGUAUCAAAAUUCAAAACAAGAGAUGUUGAAGCUUGACGACCAGCAGUUUCUCGGUGAGGCAACAUGUGUAUUGUCUGAGAUAAUCACAAAAUCAACUAGGACGAUUACAUUAGAGCUCAAAGGCUUUGCUGCACAGACUCAGCAGCAUCACAAUGGAAAGCUUAUUAUUCAUGCUGAGGAGUCUCUUGCUUCUAAGAUUACAACAGAGAUUGUAUUCAGAUGUUCUAGUUUGGAAUCUAAAGAUCUUUUCUCAAAAAGUGAUCCAUUUUUGGUGGUAUCAAAGAUUGUGGAGCAUGGAACUCCAAUCCCAGUGUCUAAAACUGAAGUCAUAAAGAACAAUAUUAACCCUACUUGGAAACCACUCUUUCUAAAUGUUCAACAAGUUGGGAGUAAGGAUAGCCCACUGAUAAUAGAAUGCUCAGACUUUAAUUCCAAUGGCAAACACAGUCUCAUUGGAAAAGUUCAAAAAUCACUUGCAGACUUGGAGAAACUUCAUUUGGCUGGCCAAGGAAUCAACUUAUCUCUGCCUACCAAUGCUGGACAAAAGAAGGUAUUGAAGAGCCAGCUUUUUGUGGACAAGUUUACCGAGACUGUCCAGCACACAUUCCUGGAGUACUUAGCAUCCGGUUUUGAACUAAGCUUCAUGGUAGCAAUUGAUUUCACAGCUUCAAAUGGAAAUCCACGCCUCCCUGAUUCUUUGCACUAUAUUGAUCCUUCAGGACGAUUAAAUGCCUACCAAAGAGCAAUAGUGGAUGUUGGAGAAGUAUUGCAGUUUUAUGACUCAGACAAACGUUUCCCUGCUUGGGGAUUUGGAGCUCGUCCUAUUGACUCUCCAGUUUCACAUUGUUUUAACCUAAACGGAAGCAGUUCAUUCUCUGAGGUGGAUGGGGUUCAAGGAAUCAUGACUUCAUACACAAGUGCACUCUUCAACGUCUCUCUGGCAGGGCCUACUCUUUUUGGUCCAGUGAUAAACUCUGCUGCAAUGAUAGCCAGCCAGUCUCUAGCUCAAGGUUCAAGGAGAUAUUACGUCUUAUUAAUCAUCACAGAUGGUGUUAUAACAGACCUUCAAGAAACAAAAGAUGCAUUAGUCAGUGCAUCGGAUUUGCCGUUAUCAAUCCUCAUUGUAGGAGUUGGAGGAGCUGAUUUCAAAGCGAUGGAGAUACUAGACGCAGAUAGAGGUGAACGACUAGAAAGCUCGAGUGGACGUGUGGCGUCACGUGAUAUCGUUCAAUUUGUGGCACUACGAGACGUGCAACAUGGAGAGGUCUCUGUAGUACAAGCGCUCCUCGCAGAACUGCCUUCACAGUUUUUGACGUAUAUGAGAAUCCGUAAUCUGAAACCUAUUCCUCUGUGAAUAUGAUUUGAUGGAUCGUGUGUAAAUAAUAUGCCAAAGAGAAAGUGUACAUAAUAUAUAUACUUUACACGCGGCAAUUGCAUUUGUGUUUCUUUUCUUUCUUUUUUUUCUGAAUCUUUGUUGUAAAAAGUUUGGAUUGGUUUUUGUCUUGACUAUUUAUAAAUGCAUUGAAGUUAU